CAUUCCAAAUGCACAGUAGUUCUCAUCUUUUUUUGCAGCUUGAAACCUGAGUGGAGAUUUGAAGAAAACUGGAUUGGAUCACCAAGUUUCUUUCACAGGACCGUCUGGACAGUGUACCACUCUAUGAUGAAUUCUUCCAAACCUGCCUAUUUAGAUUACUUUGGCAGAAUCCAUGGAAUUCUACUGUAUAAAGAAUUUAUCCAAUAUUGGCAUGAUGUGGAGGCAUUUGAGGCAAGGCCAGAUGACCUUGUCAUUGUCACCUAUCCCAAAUCUGGCACAACAUGGGUUAGUGAAAUUGUAUACAUGAUUUAUACAGAGGGUGAUGUGGAAAAGUGCAAAGAAGAUGCCAUUUUUAAUCGAAUUCCUUACCUGGAAUGCAGGACUGAAAAGGUGAUGAAUGGAGUAAAACAAUUAAAACAGAUGGCAUCUCCUAGAAUAGUGAAGUCUCAUCUCCCACCUGAGCUUCUUCCAGCCUCAUUUUGGGAAAAGAACUGUAAGAUCAUCUAUGUUUGCCGGAAUGCCAAGGAUGUUGUUGUUUCUUAUUAUUAUUUCUUUUUAAUGGUGACUGCUAAUCCAGAUCCUGGUUCUUUUCAAGAUUUUGUGGAAAAAUUUAUGGAUGGAGAAGUUCCUUAUGGUUCCUGGUAUGAACACACAAAAUCUUGGUGGGAAAAGAGAGAGAAUCCACAAGUGCUAUUUAUUUUCUAUGAAGACAUGAAGGAGAAUAUCAGAAAAGAGGUGAUGAAAUUGAUAGAAUUUCUGGGAAGGAAGGCAUCAGACGAGCUUGUGGACAAGAUUAUAAAACACACUUCAUUCCAGGAGAUGAAGAACAAUCCAUCUACCAAUUACACAAUGCUACCGGAUGAAGUCAUGAACCAAAAAGUAUCUCCCUUCAUGAGAAAGGGGAUUGCAGGAGACUGGAAGAAUUACUUUACAGUAGCCCUAAAUGAGAAAUUUGACACACACUAUGAGCAGCAAAUGAAGGGGUCUACACUGAAGUUACGAACCGAGAUCUAGGAAGGGUUUUCUUGACACAUCUGAGAUUAAAGUGUUCUCAUCAUUCCUUACCUCUUUUAUUUUAGACUAGUAAAGAAUGAGUCAUGUGAAAGAUCAUGAUCAGGUUCACAUGAUUAUUGAGAUCUUCGUAUAAAAAAGCAAGAAAGAUUUUUUCCCUGCUGUUAUCUUUUAAUUUUUUUUCCUUUUCUUUCUUUAUUACAAAUUAUUACACAAAUCUAUAACCUAUGAGAAUGAUGUAGGAACACACAAAUUAUUGAAGUUGUUAAAGCCUCAUCAAAAAUAACCAAACAUUCCAAAUUCUUUAACUUUGUUGUUACUUUUUUCCGUUUAUUAGUACAUUUAGUAUAUACAUAUUCAUUUAUAUACAUAUAUGCAUAAAUAUAUAUAUUUACAUGGAAACUGAAAACCUUGACAGAAAGAACUAAAGAAUAAAUAAAUAUGAGGAUAUAAAUAGAUCUGUUAUUUCCUUCCUGAUAUUUUCUUUCACUUUCUGCAAAAUGGCUUAAUUUGGAAUUUACCUUAGUUUAAUGUAAAUUUGGGGCAUAACAGAAUUGAUUUCCAGACGUUUAUAAAUAAUCCCAAUGAGUGUUAUUUAUGCUUGAAUGUCUUUAGCUAAUUUGAAAUAGUUAUGCUUUAGUAUUAUUUCUGUCCUAUACACAAUAUAAUAAAAUUAAGCUCUGUAAAGUUUUAAAGAAUGUGAUAUAUGCCACUAAAAUAAAAUACAAACAAAAGUAAAA